AUGAAAUAUUCCAACAUUUCGUCAACAUCUGGAUCACCACCAAUCACUGGUCAAGUAGUUGCAGGUGGUACUUUCGGAAAUGGUUAUAAUCAGCAAUUGAUCUCGUGGGGAGUAGCAGUUGACCCUAGCGGUUAUGUAUUUGUAUCAGAUUAUGCUAAUAAUCGGGUCAUGAAAUGGGCUCCAGGGGCAGUCACUGGUAGCUUAGUAGCUGGAAUAGGAAAUGGUACUGCCGGAAAUGGUUCAAGAGAACUUCAUUGGCCGUUGGGUAUUUAUCUUGAUCAAAGUUUAGCGCUAUAUAUUGCAGACGCUGGCAAUGGUCGAAUUCAAAAAUGGUUAUCCGGAUCAUCAACAGGCAUAACAGUCGCUGGCACCAAUGGUCAGAUAGGCUAUCCAACUGAUGUUUCUGUUGACAACUAUGGCGCAAUAUAUGCAUGGAGCGGGGGUGGUUUAUAUCGAUUUACUCCAGGAUCUACUUGGGGCACUAUUGUUAUUUCAUAUUAUAGCGCCGUUUUUGGCUUUAAAUUUGAUUCGAUCGGUAAUGUAAUCCUUGGACAACAUAAAGCAGCGGGUUAUAUCUAA